CUUUUCCCCCCUCUUUCUCGUUCUCUUUUUUAAUUUUCUCUCUUUUUGUUGGGGUUAAAAAUCAGAUUUUGAAAAUAGAAACUUAAAGAAAAUCUAUAGUGGGAUUCGAUUUGUGGAAAAGGGAGUACUAAAAUUUAAAGAAGUUGAAUUGGGUUAUGUAGCGAUCUGUUGCUGGGCAACAUUGAUUGAGAGAGGAGUUGUUGAUGGAAACCAAGUUGAAAAUGACACCACUGAUAUCAUAGAUUAACUUCGCCGAAGCUUUCGUUUUCUUUUCUUUUUUUUCUUUUUUUUUUUACCCUGUUAGUUUUUUUUUUUUUUUUCUAAAAUGUUGUGUCGGAAAACUUCGAGCUGCGAGGUGGCGGGAUCGGUACCGGUGUACCUCAAUGUGUAUGAUCUGACACCCAUUAAUGGUUACGCUUAUUGGUUUGGACUCGGUGUUUAUCACUCGGGUGUUCAAGUUCAUGGCGUUGAAUAUGCAUUCGGAGCUCACGAGUACUCAACCACAGGAAUUUUUGAGGGAGAACCAAAACAGUGUGAUGGAUUUACAUUUAGAAAGACAAUUUUGAUAGGGAAAACAGAGUUGGGGCCAGCAGAGGUGAGGACGGUGAUGGAGGAAUUAGCAGAGCAUUAUAAAGGAAAUGCUUAUAAUUUGAUCACCAAAAACUGCAACCAUUUCUGCAAUGAUGCUUGUAUUAGAUUGACUGGAAAUCCAAUUCCCAGUUGGGUUAAUCGCCUUGCAAGAAUCGGUAUCUUCCCAUUUCUAUUCUUCUCUUUUAGUUGCUCAUCAUCUUCAAAACGGAUUGGUUUUCUUGAAUAUCUUUUCAUGAUUGAAUUCUAUUGUUACUCAUUUAAGUAGGAUCACAUUGAUGUCCUUCUAAUUUAGCUUCAUAUUAAGGCUGUUUCUUUAGUAGGAUCAGUUUUGCUGAGCAUGAAUACCAUAGUUGAUUUAAAUGGGAUUACAUUUUUUUUCCUCUGUAUCUAAUAGUGAAGCAUGGCUCUU